GGGGUUCUGCGGGAAUUGAUGGAUUCGAUAAAUAUAAAACAUCCGGGAAAAAUCAUAUAAUCCAGCUAUUGGAUCAUUUUAUGAUUGAAGGGCCGAAUGGUCGACAUCUCUGUCUCGUUUUACAGGUUGCAGGACCGAGUCUUGCGUCGUUGAAUUAUGCUCCUGGUGCAGUGGCCGGUAGUAGAAGAUUAUGAGCAGAGCUUGCUCUUAAGAUUGCGAGACAAGUAGCACAAGGUUUGCAUUUUAUCCGCUCUCGAGGAUUCUGUCAUAGGGGUAGGUUUUGUCUUGUCCUGGAUUUUAAGUAAGAUAGGAAAAAAUUAAUUGUGUUGCUGAUGAUUUGAUAGAUCUUACUGCUUCCAAUAUUUUAUUCAAACUCAAUGAUUCUAUAGAUACUUUGUCUGAAGAAGAAAUUUACAAGCGAUUGGGUCAUCCGAAAAAAGAUAAAAUUGUAACGAUUUCUGGAUCGACACCAGGAAAAUCAGCUCCUAAAUAUCUCGUCGAACCCUGUUCUCUUCUCAACCCAGAUUUUCUAUCCGAAGAAAUUUUACUCCUUGACUUCGGCUGUGCUGUGCGUUUCAUAAAGAUAGUCCACGAACAAACCCAGAUGAUAUUCGCCUCACAAUAUCCUAUGCUGCGCCUGAAGUCAUCCUUGAUUCGAAGAUGAGUAUCUACUCCGAUAUCUGGGCUCUCGGAUGCAUACUCUUCGAGAUUAAAAGUGGUGAGCAACUCUUUGGAGACUGGACUGGGACGAAAGAUGAUAUACUUCGACAAAUGGUAUCAGCAUUGGGUAAACUGCCCGAGCCAUGGUGGACAGCGUGGGGAAAUCCCAUCUUGUUUUUUGAUGACGAUGAAGAACCAAAAAAGAUUUGAGAUAAUGGCAUUGUCAGAGCUAGAAAAUUUGAACUAGAUGAAAAGAUAGCCGAUAUUGGUGCUGAGGAUGAAGAGGAGGAUGAUCCGGGGAGAAAUUGUGCUGUGAUGUUGGAACCGAGUGGUGUUAAAGUAGAAAAGGAGGAAGCUUCACAGAUGAAAGAUCUUUUGGAGAGGAUAUUGAAAUGGAAACCAGAAGAGCGUAUUUCUAUCAAGGAGAUUAUGGAUUCUCGUUGGCCCUUGUAGAAGAACUGUAUAUAACACCAAGAGAAGUAGAGAAUAGAAACCCU